GUAAGCAACAUCUCAUCAGAGCUUCCAAGCAAAUCAAGAAAAAAUCAAAUGAAAAUUUGGUCCGAUCUCUCAAGCCUUGCAUAUCUGGGUCUGGGUAUUUUUUUCUUCCCGAAGAUUUCCAAACUGCCACAGCCUUGACUAGCCUUGGUAGCCUUUUGAACCCGACAGUUAUAUUCUCCCACAUGUCGUCUCUUAUUAGACAGGAAUGCGGCAAGGAAGAAGAAGAAGAAGAAGAAGAAAAAGGGAAUCCUUCCCAGGGGCUUUUCCUUCAUACCGGCAUCGAUCGAUCUACGGCCCUUUUACUGCAUUUGCUACAACUUCCACUAUACAUUUACUCUUGCCAAGCAGCCCAAAUAACAGCAGCAGUCACAACCCUCUUAUUACGUUUACUCCUUCAUCAUUGAUAAUUUCAAUUCCACUCGGACGCUUUGCUCGAUAUCUAUUUGUCGGUUUAUACUUCCUUCCCAUAAUUGUGCCCACCACCAUUACAUCCACUCUUAGGACCCUGACUCAAGUGGGUUUUACAUGACUUAGCACAAUUUAGAACGAAACCUUAUGAGGGGCAUGAAGGAGGAUGAAUCCGCAUGAUACGUCAUUUUCUGUUACGUUGAGACGAAACACCAUAUGCAAUCAAAUCAUCGUUCGCGAGUAAGAGAAAUCAUGCAGAGUUCGUGCCAUGACUAGAAGCUUCUGUUGAUACACAUUUACUUACAUAUUUCAACGGAGCUUGCCUAGGAAAACAUACAAUUAUUGCAUCCCACCCUUUUCUAAAAACAACCUUAUAGAAUUUUUUCACUUUCGAAUUAUACCCCGCUUCUUGACCCCUCCAAUACAAUUCAGAAUAAUACGCACAAUUUUUACAAUAUGGCAGCACCGGCGGUUACAGGUCCUUUGAUCAAGCUGAACAAUGGAGUUCAAAUGCCAGCUUUUGGCUUCGGCACAUUUGCUAGUGAGGGUAGCGUAGGAGAGACACACAAAGCCGUCGUAGCAGCGUUGAACGCAGGAUACAGACAUUUGGACUGUGCUUGGUUCUACCAGAAUGAGAACGAAGUCGGAACAGCUGUUAAGGAGUUCCUUGCUGCAAACCCAAGUGUGAAGAGAUCCGACAUUUUCAUUGUCACAAAAGUCUGGAAUCACCUCCACGAGCCUGAAGACGUCGAAUGGAGCUUGAAGAACUCAUUAGAGAAGCUUCAAACCCCAUACAUUGAUGCAUUCUUGGUACAUUGGCCAAUUGCUGCAGAGAAGAACGAGGACAGAUCAGUAAAGAUCGGUGCUGAUGGAAAGUAUGUCAUCAAGAAAGAUUUGACCGAAAACCCAGAGCCAACAUGGAGAGCAAUGGAGAAGUUAUACAAGGAGGGACUCGCAAAGGCAAUCGGUGUCUCAAAUUGGACCGAGAAAGGAAUUGAGCAGCUUUUGGCAUUCGCUGAGGUCAAGCCAACAAUCAACCAAAUCGAGAUCCAUCCUUUCCUCCCACAACAAAAGCUCAUCGACUACUGCCUUUCCAAGGAAAUUGUACCAGUCGCCUACUCUCCAUUGGGAAGCCAAGACCAAGUUCCUGGUACUGGUGAGAAGGUAUCUACCAACAAAGACCUCAAUGCAAUUGCAGAGAAGAAUGGUGCUUCGCUGGCACAGAUAUUGAUCGCAUGGGGAUUGAAGAGAGGUUAUGCUGUUUUACCCAAGAGUAGCAACCCAGGAAGAAUCGCAGGUAACGCGAAAUUGAUCACUCUCAGUGAAGAAGAUUUCGCGGCUGUCAACAAGGUCGCAGAGGGCAGAGCGACUAGAUUCGUAAACAUGAAGGAUACCUUCGGUUACAACGUUUGGCCAGAAGAGAAGUAACUUGGGAUUUGAGCUGGUCUCACAUUAGGCGUCAGGAUACCAUUAUGUGAGUUAACGAUUGAUAGAAUGCCAUGAAAUGCAAUGACGACUUUUUUUUCAAUGCGUUCAA